AUGGCCGAGCUCAAAGACUUUGACGUCAAGCGCAUCCUGCGCAGCGAUGGCGCAGAUUCUGGCCCCGGAUACUGGCCGGCGCCGGCUCCGAGCGCCGUAAAGAAGACAGCAAGGGAGGCGCCAGCGAGUGCCACGAGGCAAAAGGCGCACAUGGUUCGUCUCGAAGAUGACGACCCCCGCUUCAUCGAGUGGAGGAUCAAGCUCGGCAUCCUGCUCAAGCAAGAGUUGGCUCCGAACCCGGAUGAAGGGAACCCAUGGUAUCUCCAGUUUCCGCGGGGUUACUGGCUGUACGAGAAGUCCAAGCACCUCUGGGUGUCGGGCUAUCCUAUCAAGGGGAAGCUCUACAAGACGCCCCAGGAGUUUGGGCUCCAUCUGCUCUGGCUCAUGAGCACGUCGGCGGACUAUCGUGACUGCUGCUGCGUCCACUGCAACGUGCCACCAGCGACGAAACCAGCCGCACCUGUAGAGACGGCGGUGCCGCUACCCAUACCCGCUGCCGCCGCGGCUACUUCAAGACCACAAAGUGUCCCCCACAAGGUGACCCCCGUCCCGCUGCCGACCUUUCCUGGACAACCGAAGGCAAAAGAGCCCGCCAAUGGAUCCGAGAAGCAGAAGCAGACCCAGGUGCCUCUUCCUACCCCCGCCGGCGCGCAUCCCACACAGCCUCCUGCACCGGCGCGCCCCCAAGCUCAGUCGCAGGUGCAGGCGCCUUCGCCAGGACAGGCUCAGACGGCUCAAGUGCAGCAACCUCAGGCUCAACCGCAGCCGCAGCCACAACCCCAAUCGCAACCUCAGUCGCACUCGCAGGCACCGCCGCAAGCCCAAACCCAAGCUAGGCCUCCGAGCUGGAGCUUGCAAUCACCGCUGCUGUUCAGGGCAGGCGAGCUUGUCUGGUAUCAAAAUGGCAAUUCGUGGCGACUGGGCGUCAUCAGCGCGCCGGGCGACGACCGCUUCGAGAUUACGCCCAUAGGGCAUGAGGCGGUACCACAGCAGCCCGUGGAGAAGAAGGCCAAGGAGAUGCGGCCCUUUCACGCAUUCAGUGUCCCCGGCGUAUCAAUGCCAGAGCUGCAGGGCAAGCCAUUCGACGCGACGCCAUGGGCCGAACUAUUCAACUACGCCGGCCAGGAUCGAGUGAAGCGCAACAACAUGCUCCUUGACGCAUCCAAGAUGGCCGCUUCCAAGAUCGACACGUCGUUCUCGUUCUGGAGUCCCCUGUCCCAAGACAUGCAGAGCGAGACGGUGCCAUUCUAUGGAGGUUUCCUCGGCGCCGAGCGUAUCGAGCUUGGCGACUGUCUGCGCGUUAAUCCCGUUGCGGGAGAUUCCAUGUCCUGGAACGACUCUUCUGUGCUUGGCGUGCGCCGCAUCAUGCUGCGCACCGUGAACCGGCAGCGGUCCAUUGUUCUCAUCGGCGCCAUCUACCAAGUCGUCAAGGCCGACGAUCCCUUUGCGCAGCCUGUGCCCACCGAGGACCUCCCAAUCCCUCUGCAGGAAGAGACGCGGUGGCGCAACGCCGUGAGGCCGGAGCAGCCCUGGCGAUGGUCGCUCGUCAAGGAAGACGCCGUGCUCGAGGAGCGCAGCAUCCGUGGCCGCUUCUACCCGACGCACUACAUCAUGCCCAUUCUAAACGAGGCCGCGUUCAACGCCGCCGUUGCGGAGCGCAAUGUCGACAACCAGUAUCCCUACUUGAAUAACCGCCUGGACGGGGCUGGGGGCUAUGUAGGGUUCUGCUUUAAUAGGCGAGAUGCCCUGGGCGCGUCUGUGGCUGCAGGCAUGAGACUGCGCUUGGAGCCGCUGAUACGAGAGAUGGAGCGCGCAGGCGGUAACACCGCGACGGCUCAAUAG